CGCCAGGCUUGGGUGACAAGACUUUCCUGGCCAGGAGCCUUGGGACACGGGAGCCAGAAACCAUGCUGCUGUGGCUGACCCUUACCAUCCUGUGGAGCACCACCUGCUGGGCAGAUCAGAUGUAUGGGAAUGGAGGAGGCACGUAUUUCAGUUCCUCUAUAGACAAUAAAAAUGACAUAUCUGGGAUCCGGGUGUCUAUAAGUCCUAUAGGCAUAAUUAGGAGUAUCCAGCUGAGAUAUGGAUCCGCUUGGAGCCAAAUAUAUGGCGUCUCAGGUGGGCAUGCCCAGGAAUUCAUCCUGCAGCCAGAUGAAUACAUUAUAGGGCUGGUCGGCUCACACAGGGUCUACCUCCGCUACCUGGUUGUAUACACCAACUUGGGGCGCUGGGCCCCAUUCGGGCAGGAGAGUGGCCGCAGCUUCAUCGUCUACCCCAGCGAGCCCGGUAAGGUGCUCACAGGACUCUUCGGCCAGACUCAACUCCUUGGCAUCACAGGCAUCGGUUUUAAAUGGGAUUAUCCUCUAGCAGAGCAGGAGUCUACACCACCAAGCACACCCCAGAAUACUGAAGUAUCUGGCUGAUACGCCAAGGUCUCAGCUUGGUCCCUAGUCAGGGCACAUACAAGAAUCAGCUAUGAAUGCAUAAAUCAGUAGAA